AUGGCAGAGUCAGAGAACCCAGAUGUACCUCAGAACAGGAAAAGGUUUGUGCCGCUAGAGAACAACCCUGAAGUCAUGUCCGCGCUGGUGCACAAGCUAGGACUCUCCGAAAAACUCGCCUUCCAUGAUGUCUUCAGUAUAGACGAUCCCGACCUGCUCGCUUUUGUCCCCCGACCUGCCUACGCCCUCUUGUUGAUCUUCCCAGUCAGCGACACAUACGAGAACUUCCGCCUACAAGAGGACAAGGAGAAGGCAGUGUACGAUGGCAGUGGUCCUGAUGAAGAGGUCAUCUGGUACAAGCAAACCAUUGGCAAUGCAUGCGGUUUGAUCGGACUACUUCACGGGGUGUCCAACGGAGAAGCUCGCACCCACGUCGGGCCUGAUUCGAGCCUAGAAAAAUUGAUCCAGGACGCUAUUCCUCUCAAGCCAGCCGAACGUGCUGAUCUCCUCUACGAGUCUCAAACCCUAGAAAGUGCCCAUCAAUCCGCUGCCGCUACCGGAGAUACUGCUGCACCUGAUGCAGACGAGAAGGUUGACCUACAUUACGUGUGCUUUGUUAAAUCGAAAACCAACCAUCUGUGGGAGAUGGACGGUCGUCGCAAGGGUCCGCUCGACCGGGGCGAACUGGAUGCUGAUCAAGACGUAUUGAGCGAGAAGGCUUUAGAUCUUGGCGUACGAAGCUUCCUCAAGCGCGAGUCGGAAGCUGGGGGUGGAGAUCUUCGAUUCAGUCUCAUAGUACUCUCGCCAAGUCUGGAGUGA